GCCACAUUUGCCGAUAAAAACGGAUCUCAACGAGACAACGUGAUUGGCGACUGAUGGGACCAUCUGAGAGAAAUAAUUAAGAAUUUUUAUGGAAAUGGAACUAAAUCGCGGGGUGCCAAACAAUCUGCGAUGGCGAGAUUGCAUAUAUAUAAGAUCUCAAUUCCCUCUUCAAUACAUCCUCAGAUCUCAUUAGCUUCCUACCGAACACUCCUCUAACAGUUAUCACCUCUUCAAUACUCAUCAACACCGUCACAAUGGGCUCCGCUCAGGUCGAAUUCAAGAACCCCUCCACCAACACUCUCCUCGAGUUGGUUAAGGCCCGCCGUACCUACUAUGGUCUCAAGGCUGAGAGCCCCAUCUCCGACGAUGCUAUCCAGUCCAUUGUUGAGACCUCCGUCCUCCACGUGCCCAGCUCUUUCAACACCCAGACCUCCCGUGUUGUUCUCCUGUUGAAGGAGGAGCACCAGAAGGUUUGGGACAUUGCCAUCAAGGCCAUGGAGGGUCUCGUUGCCGCCGGCACCGUCCCCAAGGAGAUGUUCGAGAACCACACCAAGCCUAAGCUUGAGUCUUUCCGCGCUGGCUACGGAACUGUCCUCUUCUUCGUCGACUACGAGUCCCUUGCUCCCAUUAAGGAGAAGUUCGCCAUCUACGCGGACAAGUUCGACCCCUUCGCUCUCGAGUCCAACGCCAUGUCUCAGUACCUUGUCUGGACCGCUCUCGAGUCCGAAGGUCUCGGCGCCAACCUCCAGCACUACAGCCCCCUCAUCGACGCCGACAUCCAGAAGACCUGGAACCUCCCCGCCUCCUGGAAGUUGGAUGCCCAGCUCGUCUUCGGCACUCCUACCGGCGAGGCUGGCGAGAAGACUUUCGCCCCUCUUGAGGGCCGCUUCAAGGUCUUCGGCAAGUCUGCAUGAGUUUCACGAUAGAACUACUCUUUAUGGUGUAAUUUGAGCGUUACAGCCUAGAUUUCAAUGGCAUAUUCUUAUAGACUUCUUUGGUUCUGUUAUUUAAGUAAUGUUCUAUGUAGGGGGUUAUGCUUGGCCUGCUGCUAUCAUUGGCUGAGAUGGUGUUGGUUUGUUAGGGGAGUAGCUCCACUUUUAUUAGAUGUCCACCUUGGAUAACGGCCGCUCAGUGAUAAAGACCUUCACCUUAAAUCGGGUCCAUAGUCUAUGGUAUGACUUCAUGUUUCGGGGUGCACUUUACCCAAUGGGGCAGUCGUAUCAAUAAUCGCCAACUCGGGAUACCUACCAAUGCCUCAAAGGCAAUAAUAAAAAGCGACAUGGAUCAACAAAGAACACACAGCCUAACCCAGGCAACAACAAACGAUCUAAAGCCAAAAAAAGCAUUCAACCAGAAUAGUCCACCAGCAAAGCAUCAACCGUUUCAAGCCCAUAGCCCGCAGCGCAGCGAUCGGCAUGCAAAUUCUCACGCCACAAGUAGGUAUAUAUGAAACCGCAAACAAGAUUCGUUCAAAACCCAAUAGACCCACAGAGUAAC